CUGACGACGCACAGUGCUCUACGUAAGAGCCCGUGCUGAGGAGCCAGGGUGCGCGGUGGGAAAGAAGAGUGGGGAAAGCAGCACAUGGACGAGGGCUUCUUCUUGUUGAGAGAAGAUGGUGUGGGGGUGGUGAAGACUGUUUUGGCGUCGGCCGAGAACCUGCAGUUGUCCUUCAAGUUUGAGCCCGGCGUGGAGGAAGUGGCUCUGACCAACAGCAAUGGCAGCAAAAAGGAGGCACCUGGCAUUGGGAAUGAGGACCUUAAGGAGAUGUUGGAAAGCAACAAGGAGUCCCUUAAACUGGAGGCCAUGAAAAGGAUUGUUGGGCUGAUUGCAAAAGGAAAGAAUGCAUCUGAGCUGUUUCCAGCCGUUGUGAAGAAUGUGGCAAGUAAAAACAUAGAGCUGAAGAAGCUGGUUUAUGUCUACCUGGUAAGGUAUGCAGAGGAGCAACAGGACUUGGCCUUGCUCUCUAUCAGCACCUUCCAGCGUGCCUUGAAGGACCCAAACCAGCUGAUCCGGGCUAGUGCUCUGCGGGUUCUGUCAAGCAUCCGGGUGCCCAUAAUUGUCCCCAUCAUGAUGCUCGCCAUCAAGGAGGCAGCCACAGAUCUGUCCCCAUACGUCCGGAAGACUGCUGCCCAUGCCAUCCAGAAGCUAUACAGCCUUGACCCAGAACAAAAAGAACAUCUGAUUGAAGUCAUUGACAAGCUGCUGAAAGACAAAAGCACGCUGGUGGCAGGAAGCGUGGUGAUGGCCUUUGAAGAGGUGUGCCCGGACCGCAUCGACCUGAUCCACAAGAACUACCGCAAGCUGUGCAACCUGCUGGUGGAUGUGGAAGAGUGGGGCCAGGUGGUCAUCAUCACCAUGCUGACUCGCUACGCCCGCACACAGUUCCUCAGUCCCUGGAGAGAGGAUGCCCUGUUUGAUGAGAAUAGCGAGAAGGCCUUCUAUGACUCCGACGUGGAGAAGGAGAAGGCGGAUUCCAAGCCCUAUAUGAUGGACCCAGAUCACCGUCUUCUCCUGAGGAACACCAAGCCCCUGCUGCAGAGCCGGAAUACCGCUGUGGUGAUGGCGGUAGCCCAGCUCUACUGGCACCUGGCUCCGAAGCAAGAAGUGAGCAUCGUCACCAAGUCGCUGGUGCGGCUGCUGCGCAGUCACAGAGAAGUGCAGUAUAUUGUGCUGCAGAACAUUGCCACCAUGUCUAUUCAGAGAAAGGGUAUGUUUGAACCUUUUCUGAAGAGCUUCUAUGUGAGAUCUACAGAUGCUACCCACAUCAAAACCCUGAAGCUGGAGAUUCUAACAAACUUGGCCACCGAGGCAAACAUCUCCACCAUCCUUCGGGAGUUCCAGACAUAUGUAAAAAGCCAAGAUAAGCAGUUCGCCGCCACCACCAUUCAGGCUAUCGGGAGAUGUGCAACAAACAUCUCUGAAAUUACAGACACGUGCCUCAACGGCCUGGUACUCCUGCUCUCCAACAGAGAUGAGACUGUGGUGGCAGAAUGUGUGGUGGUGAUCAAGAAGCUGCUGCAGACACAGCCAUCUCAGCACAGUGACAUCAUCAAACACAUGGCCAAGCUGUUGGACAACAUCACUGUGCCCAUGGCUAGGGCCAGCAUCCUGUGGCUGAUUGGGGAAUACUGUGAACGUGUUCCGAAGAUUGCCCCUGACGUCCUGAGGAAGGUGGCCAAGAGCUUCACCUCGGAGGAAGACAUUGUCAAGCUGCAGACGCUCAACUUGGCAGCCAAACUGUACCUGACCAACUCCAAGCAGACGAAAUUGCUUACGCAGUACAUUUUGAACCUUGGGAAAUAUGACCAGAACUACGACAUCCGUGACCGCACCAGGUUCCUCAGGCAGUUGAUUGUCCCUAAUGAGAAGAGUGGAGCGCUAAGCAAGUACGCAAAGAGGAUCCUACUAGCCUCCAAGCCUGCCCCGGUACUCGAGUCGGCAUUCAAAGAUAGGGAUCGCUUCCAGCUGGGAACUCUGUCUCAUACCCUCAAUGCCAAAGCCAGUGGCUACCUGGAGCUGUCUGACUGGCCGACUGUGGCCCCAGAUCAGUCUGUGAGGAACGUGGAGGUGAUGGAGCCGGUGAAGGAGUGGGCGCCAUCACUCGGCAAGCCAAAGGCCACAAAGUCUGACGACAAGUUCUACUCGGACUCGGGGGAAGAGGAGGAGCAGGAGGAAGAGGCAUCUGAGAGCGGGAGCAGCGGCAGUAGCAGCAGCAGUAGUGAAGAGGAGAGCAGCAGUGGGAGUGGAGAUGAGUCUGGCAGCGAAGGAGGAGAGAGCAGCAGUAGCGACAGCGAGGGGACCGACAAGAGCUCAAGCCAGUCAGAAUCCGGCAAGAAAAAAAAGCCCCGGAAGAAGCCUUCUAAAGCUGACGUCAAGGACAGUGACUCUGAUGAUGCCAAAGAGAAGAAAAGACCAAAGCCCAAACUUGACAGCGUCUCCUCCCAUUCCAAGGCCUCCUCUUCAUCGGACAACACCGCCAGUUCUGGCUCAGAGUCGGAGGAGGACACCGACUCAGACUCUGAACCCGAGCAGAAGAAGAAGAAGAAGCUGAGUUCAAAACCUCAGGUUCAAGAAAAGCCCAAGAAGGAGGUGUCCCUGCUGGAUUUAGAUGACUUUGAACCAAUGCCCGCAUCCGCCCCCAAGGUCCCAAUCCUCUCUCCCAGCUUGCUGUCCGAUCUGCAAGGCCUGUCUCUCUCCAGCGCCUCUUCCGCCAUUGAGGUGAGCUCUCCAGUGUUCGUCCCCCCCAAAUCCCACGAGCUGUUGCAUCGCAUGAGCGGCAAGGGCCUAGCAGUGAGCUACCACUUUCCCCGACAGCCCUGCGCUUACAGCCACCGCAUGGUGUCUGUGCAGCUCACUCUGACCAAUGGCAGGGACCAACCGCUGGAGGACAUCUGUGUGGGAGAAGCUGGUCCCCCGGGGAUUGCCAUCCACCGCUUUGCCACCAUAGAGCGUCUGCAACCAGAGGCAUCCAUCACGGUGUCGAUGGGUAUUGACUUCAAUGAUUCCACUCAAGCAGCAAACUUUCAGCUUUGCACAAAGACUGACCAGUUCAGCGUCUCCAUCCAGCCAGCUGUGGGGGAGCUCCUCAUGCCUGUCACCAUGACGGAGCAGGACUUCCUCAAAGAGCAAGGACAACUGACAGGGAUGAACGAGAGUUCCGUGACCAUCACCAUUGCUCCCGAUAGUAUGUCCAGUCAACCUGUGGGCAGGAAGGUGGUGUCCGUGGCCAACAUGGGUGUCGUCCCCUCCAGCCAGAACAGUAUCCACAGGUUCGCCGCCAAGACGGUGAGCAGCGGCUCCCUGGUGCUGAGCAGUGUGGUGCUGCAGGAAGCGUCAACAGCCAAGCUUGUGGUGAACACCGAGAAGACUGUGCUGGGCUCAGUGCUGCUGCGUGAGCUGAAGACUGCUCUGUCUCAGGGGUAGAGCUCCCUGCAGCUGGACCCCCAGGCCCAGCAUGCUGCAGACAUUUACCACAUUAGAUCCACCAUCUGGCACCACCCUCCAAGGAGACAGAUUGGGGCUGGGGGGUUUUGGGAGCAGUGCUCAGCACCCCCUCUCUCUGCAUCCCAUCCACCACACACACAAACACUAUAGCACACUCUCAUACAUGCACCGCCACCGACAAACACUACUUCAUACUCCACUUACACAGACACGCACCGCGCCAUUGUGUCGUACAAUUCAUAAGAUGAACACCCAUUUGUUGUUUCAGAGUUUAUUUUCGGUGUUUUAUUCCAGUAAACAUGCCUCUUGUGUUUCCAGACAGGCACGAGCACACACUCCCUACGCUCCCUGUCACAUGUUAGAAUAAAGUCAGCGGUGUAGAAAUUCACCUAUGGAUGCCUGUUCGUCCCGUGCGACUGAUGCUACGUAUGUUUUUCCCUGUGUGUGUUUUCAUAUGUGCCACAUUGGGGAAGUUGUGCAUUAAAACCUGUGUAACACCAUAGGUGUUCCUGUGACAGAGCGCUCUCUUGUCCUGGUAAACAUUCAAGUAGAUGGGUCAUUGAUGUUAUUUCACUUUGUGUUUCUGAAAUCCCACUGCAUGGCCAGACUUUGAGUUAGUUAUCACUGUAAAAAAAAAAGAAAAAAAAAAGUGCCUCUUUAUAUGAAUGAAGACAAGGUGUUUUUAAUGACCAAAAAAGUAUUUGUUGAUUGAAUUCCUUGUCAUUUCGAUCUUUCAAUAAAGACUGUUGAA